AUGAAGUCCUUCACCCCCGUUGCUCUGGCCUUGAUGGCCGCCUCUGGCGCCAUGGCCGCUGACCCUUCUGCCUCUGAGUGCGCUUCCAUGUGUCUCUCCAACAUGAGCAACCAGGCCGCCGACUUGGGUUGCAAGGCUGGUGACGUCGCCUGUCUCUGCAAGAGCGACAACUACAAGUUCGGUAUCCGUGACUGCACCAAGGAGGCCUGCCCCAACGACGACGCCGAGAAGGUUCUCGCUAUGGCCGUCGCCAAGUGCCCUGGUGGUGUUGCUGGCUCCGACGCCGACUCCGACUCCGACUCUAGCUCCAGCUCUGCCUCCGGCUCCGGUGCUGGUGCCUCCACCACUGGCUCUGAUGCCAGCGCUACUGGCACUGAUGCCUCUGGCUCCAAGACUGCCACCGGCUCUGACGCCAGCGCUACCGGCUCUGACGCCUCUGGCUCCAAGACUGCCACUGGCUCUGACGCCAGCGCUACCGGCACUGGCGCCUCUGGCUCCGUCACCGGCUCUGCUUCCGCCACCGGCUCCGUCUCCACCGUCACCAGCACUGACGCCUCCGGCUCCAUGGUGACCCGCACUAGCACCGGCGCCUCUUCCACCUCCACUGGCUCCGGCAGCGGCUCUGAGUCUGACUCCGAGUCUGGCAGCGGCUCUGCCACCGAGUCUGGCUCCGGCUCCGGUACCGACAGCUCUGCUUCCGGCUCUGCUUCUCCCUCCCCCAGCGAGGGUGCCGCUGCCCCCAUGGCCACUGUUGGCAGUGGUGCUAUGGGUGUCCUCGGCAUGCUCGCCAUCCUCGCCCUGUAA